AUGAAACAAAAAGUGAAAUUUGCAAUAUCUACAUCUUUAUUUCAAUCGCAGGUGAGUGAUUUGCUGCCUUGUAAUAAAGGUUGCAAAUCUCAAUUAGUCUUUGGUCUAUUAAAGGCAUAUGGUUUGUUGGAUCAUUUUGACUAUAUUAUUAGUGAACCAUACUGUUCGAAGAAUGAGAUAUGUCAAUUCCAUGAUUCUGCUUAUGUGAAUAUUCUACUAAAUGAAACAUUGAAUUGCUACACAUGGGCUAAUAAAACUGAGUAUGAAGAUCAAUGGGUGCAUAUGGCACAAUUGUCAUAUAAUAAAAAAAAUGCAGCAAACAAGGUUCAAGUUUGUAUGAGACCUUCUGAUCUUUUAAGGUAUUAUAAUAAUUAUAUAGAUAAGGGAGAUGGGAGUAUAAUUAGUGAGAGAGAAUCUUUAAAAAGAAAAAGAUCUCAUGAGGACACAGAUUUAGAAAAUGAUGAAUAUGAAAGAAUUGCAACAAAUUACAAUGAUUGGGAGUUUAAAAAGCUAUAUAAUUUAGAAGGAGAUUGUCCAAUAUUCCCAUUUCUUUCCUUGUACUUAAAAGUGACAGUUGGUGCAACAUUAAGAUUACUAGAUAUUCCAGACAUUAAUUUAGAACCGGUUACAGACAUUGUCACCCAGGAUAGGUUUAUUGGGAUUAACUGGGAUGGUGGACGGCAUCAUGCAAUGAAACGUAAAGCUAGUGGUUUCUGUUAUUUCAAUGAUAUUGUGUUAUUAAUUCAAAGAUUAAGAAAAAACGGGUUUCAAAAGAUUACAUACUUGGAUUUUGAUCUUCAUCAUGGAGAUGGGGUAGAGAAAGCAAUGUUGUAUUCUAAAAAUGUUCAAACUGUAUCCUUACAUCUAUAUGAGAUUGGGUUUUUUCCAUGUUCUGGAUCUCUGAAGGAUUCAAGAGGCAAUACCACAGUAACUUUACCAGUGAAUCAUGGGUUUGAUGAUGAAAACCUGGAUCAAUUGACUGAUAAUGUUAUUCAUCCAUGUAUGGAGCUGUUUCAACCUGAAUUUAUUAUUGUACAAUGCGGUUCAGAUGGAAUUAUUGGGGAUAAAUUCCAUGAAUGGCAGUUGACUAUUAAGGGGUUAACUAGGAAUAUUAUUAAGAUUAUGAAAUGGUUUCCUCAGUGUCAUGUCAUUUUACUUGGUGGAGGUGGAUAUACUGUUACUUUGACUAGUCGGUUCUAUUCGUAUUUGACAUGGACUUUAUUGAAUGAAUUUGGUGAUACAUAUUUAGAUAAUCCAUUUCAAGAGGAAAGUAUAUCAAGAGAGAAGAGUAGGCAAACAGACACUGGCUAUGAGUUAAAGAAUGAAUCUAACGAGAAUAUAGGAUACGAUAUUUUGAUCCCAGACCAUGAGUUCAACGAAUUUUAUGGAGAUAAAGAAUGUUACAAAUUUUGGAUCUACGAACAAGAGGGAACAUCAUUAUAUAAACCAUUGAAGAAUGAAAAUCCAGAGUCGAUGAUAACUAUAUUUAAAGAUUAUUAUUGUUCUAAUAAAUAA